AUGGUUCUUGGAUAUGGUUUAAGAUGCCCGCAAGGCCGCAACCAUGCACUGUAUAAUUCACAUGCAUCCACACAUGUUUUGCCUACCUUGAUUACCCUUGGCUCGGACCAAAAUGUGAACGUGAAGAAUGCAAGCGUAGAUGCAUUUGGGGCUGUUGCACAACAUUUUAAAAUUGACACGAUUGUUGAUAAAAUACGCGUUCAAAUGGAUGCUUUUCUUGAAGAAGGUUCUCAUGAAACAACCAUGGCCGUGGUCCGUUCGUCAGUGGUAGCAGUUCCAACUACAACAGAGAGAUUUAGGGAUUAUUUUUUAUCCAAGAUUUUCCAACUGUCGAGCAUGCCUGCUUUUGCAACUGAUAUGAUGUCUCGCAGACAGAGAGCCAAUGCGUUUUGUGAAGCCAUUUCUGCUGUGGAUACGACAGAAAUUUCGGCAAAUAGCGUACGUGAUUUCCUCCUCCCCGCGAUACAGAACUUAUUAAGGGACCCUGAUGCACUAGAUCCAGCACACACAGAGGCCCUCGAAAUCAUAUUGAAAGAAAGGGCGGGUGGUACGUUUGACGCUUUGAGUAAGGUUAUGGGAGCUCACAUCGGGAUUGCUUCAUCAAUGACUAGUUUCUUUGGCGCGGGUGGGCUGCUAGGCAAGACAGAAAGUACUACACCAACGAGUCCAGUUGGAUCUCCUAAAGCUGGGGCACAGUCACUUGCACCCGAGGAUACCAGAUUCAUGCGUAUCGUGAGGGUCACCGACCGGCUUCGAGGCAAAGCAAAGAAUCAAGAAGAAACUCACCAGAACCAGUGAAAACAAGUCAGACUUCUUCUUCCUUAACUCCUA